GUACCGACGGAGGUCACGAGGCUCGCUUUCCAGCAAGGGUUCGGGGAAGCGAGCUGACACUUCUCUCCUGUACGACGGCCUACCUGUGCAGACUCAGGUCAUCCCCAACAACCUGCGGUCGAACGGGCACGGACCUCACAUCGAGAUGGUGGCUGUGAAGGGCCAGUGCGCCCAGCUCCUGCCCGGCAGCAGGGGCGGUGUGGGUGCGCUGUUUGUCAGUCCUCCACCUCCGUCGCUUACCGAUGACGGCUCAGAGCCGCUGUCAAACAUGUACGAAGAGAUCCCUUACUACGGUCGCCGGGUGCCAUCGGAGCCUUACUACUCCGACUCUGAGGAGGACAUCAUCAGUCGGCCGUCGGAGGAGGAGCUGGGUGUCGACGGAGGCGGAGGUGUCCCGCGACCCUCCUACCUACCCACCGCCGAGCCGCGCUACGUCAGGACGCUCCCCUCGGGCCCGGCUGGCGGUCAGCCCCGCUACCACAGCAGCCAGCCGCGGCCGCGCAGCGCCGACCGGCGGCGACGGUCCCCUGCCAGUCCCGCGGCGACGCGGCCCAGUAUACGACGAGACGCGUCGCUGCACAGAAAGGACCCUUACUAUUACUCGGACAUCCUCGCGCGGGAUUCGCCCGGCGGUAACGGCAGCGGUGUUGGUAGUGACGAUAUCAGCGGGGCGUACCGAGCUCCAUACGACGAGCGGCGGCCGUCAAGUCGCGGCGUCGGCGGCCCGCUCUAUUGCCAGCCGGAUGUAGCCGCCGGCGAUCCAAGGUCAACGAGAGCACGUGACCAUGGCCACGUGACGCCGCUAGCCAAUCGGAUCGCGCUCGACCCGUUCGUUGAUCCGUACAGUGGCGAUCGCAGUGGUUCUCACCGACAGAGACAUAAGCUGAGUUCAUUCGGCGGUGGAGGAGCCGUGGAGAUGCCUGGACACGAGUGGGGCUACCCGCGGACGCCCGGACUCAGGAGUCCGGACAGGGGGUACACGGCGGCGGGCGCGGGCCACCCGGCGGGCGAUGACACCGGCCGCUACUGCCCACCCUCUCAGUGGACUCAUUAGCGCUGAUGGGAGGCGCUGAGUGAAAAUAAUCAAACGCGCUGAUAAGGCGCAGACUGCUGGAACCGUUGACGGAGUUCUCAGUGACUCGGUGGCGUGGAGCGGUGCGCACACCAGUGAUAGGCUAUUAACACUAUGAAUUUGUUUGAGAGCGCUAAUGGUGAGAUAUGUGCAUGUAUCAUUUUGUGAUUUAGCGUUAAUUUGUUGCGUAUCAAGCUCCAUAAAGCGACUACCCGCGCGGCAAAGACAGCUUGGUGUUUGCACUUUUAUACGAUUUAUUUUAGAUGUUCGUUAAAGCCUGGGAGGUGUACGGGAGACAUGUAUCUACUCUGGAUGGUCCGUUUUUGUCUACCGAAGCUGUGGCUAUUCGUAAUUAUGAAAUUAUUACCACAUUUAUGAAGGGCAUAUAUCGGCAUGUGCUCUUACGUGUCUAGAAACAUAGGCAUUAUGAUUGUCUAAUUUUAAUAUUCGCAGUUCCGAAUGAUGCAUCAUAUUCAGUGUCAUAUUUUACAUGCCUGUAAGUCAAAAUUCCCAAUAAUGCCGUCAAAUGCAUCAAGUUCUCCUGUCGUGCAGCAGCUGCGCUCCCCGCCCCGCCUCCCCCAGAGCUGCGAUGUCUCCCGUGCCCGCCCAGGCGCUGUUCGUGAACCGGUUCCACCGGCCGUCUCGCGCGCGUGCCGAUGUCUCCGCGUUUGUGUGUGGUCGUCGCACGCGUCUGUCCCGCCUCCAUCUCUAGUCAGACUGAUUGACCGAUGUACCCAGGCUGUGAUAGCCGGCCCCCACUCGCAGGUCGGUCCCGGCCGGGACGCCGCCGCCCGGCGCACAGAGCUGUUCGCACGUCCCGAUAAUACACACUCGUCACAUG